CUGCAGUGGAAAGAGGAGGAGGAGAGAGGAAGUUCUCCAAAACUUUUUUUCCCCUGAAAGGAUUGUGGAGAAGCUCCGUUAGAUUUUCAGAAGAAGGGGAUCCGAGCAGAAGAAAAGAAGAAAACGCAAAGGAGAUAAACGGCGUCACCAAGUUCUUCCCUUCUUCUCCUCUUAUGAAGAACAGGACGCGCCUUAGUUAGUCAGUCAGUGUUCCUCUUUGUUCUGUGUUUGGUUCCCUCCACUCUGAGGACUUACACCAUCAGAGGCGAUGAGAUGUGAGUAAGCUAUGCCUUGUGGAAAUGGACAGACUUUAUCCAAGCGAAAACAUGGCGUCUGCGUCCCGAGGCUCCGCUUCUUCUCCGGUCUGCUGGUGGCGCUCUGCGUCCUGGAGGCGUGGGGCUCCGGGCCGCAGGGGGACUGCGGGACUUGCUGCACUCCCUGUCCCGUUAACUGCAGCUGCGCGCCGGCGGGGCCCCUGCAGCAGUCCUGCGUCGUCAACUGCUCCAACAUCGGGCUGGAUAAGGCCCCAGCAGCGUCAGAGGUCCCGCUAAACACCAACGUGCUAGAUCUUUCCAAGAACCACAUCUCCUCCCUUGAUACCAGCCAGCUAGAUCGUCUCUCUGGCCUCCGAGAGCUGUAUCUUCAAGGGAACAAGAUCAAUGUUCUCCCCAGAGGAAUCUUCUGCUGUGGGCCUCUUUCAAUCCUCGAUUUAAGUAACAACCUAAUCACCACCACCGAGGAGAGAAUAUGUGACAACCUUUGCAAUUUAACUCAAAUAGACCUGAGCGGGAACCCGUUUGACUGUGACUGUAAGCUGUUCCGGCUGGUCCACUGGCUGCAGGGUAAAGGGGUGCGGGUUCGACGCCCGGACACCAUGCUGUGCAGCCAUCCUCCAGAGCUGCGCCACCAGCCGCUGCUCAACGUCAGCCUGCUCACCUGCGGUCUGAACUACGCAGCGUGUCUGGAGGACAGCAGCAGUGGCGGCGGCGAGCAGAGCGAGCUGGUUAUCUUCUCUUCAUCCACACCAGGAAACUUCACACGUGAGCAGUGUAACAGUGUGUGUUUUGCAGCAUCACACCGCUACGGCGGCCUCGGAGAGAGACACGAGUGCCUCUGCAGCACAAACUCAGAGCCCAACUUCAUCAGCGAGUCUCAGUGUUCUGCUGCCUGCACCAACCCCGAAGUCAUGAAGGAGUGUAAGAGCCAGUGGACUCUGGCUCUGGACGUGUUCGUGGUGGACUUCAGCGUCUCCCUGAAGCCCCUCCCCCUGCAGAGCGUCCACCACCGCAUCACGUUCUCCGCCUCGUCCUCCGUCUCUCCGGUGACCCUGUCCUGGGACUUUGGCGACCUUUCACCUCGGGUCAACACCACAGGAACGGGCGUCACCACGGCAACUCACAAAUAUGGACUCCCGGGUCAUUACGCGGUCAGUUUGAUGGCGUGGGCCGGACACAAGGAGGUGUCUGUUCGUGGAGAGGUGACGGUGACUCUUCCUCCCAAACUGGAGCUCCGCUGUCCGGCCCUGGCCGUCGCCAAUAAGAGCCUGGAGUUCACUCUGGUCAGCUGGGGAGCUGUGGGAGUGGACGUAGACUGGACCAUUUCAAAGGAUGGAGUCCAAGUUGCCAAAGCCUCGCCUCACUGUCCAAAGGACGGCGUGUUCGACGGCGAGUCCUCUCGAUGUUUCCAGAUCGUUCCGGGGGAGCUGAGCUGGACCGACGCUCGGCAGCAGUGUUGGGAGCGCGGCGGCGGUUUGGCAAUAGUCCGGAGUGAAGCGCUGCGAAACCUGCUGGCUCCUAAAGUCACACAGGAGCGCGGCGUGUGGCUGGGCCUGAGUGAUGUCGACUCUCCGGGAAAGCUGCAGUGGGCGAACGGCUCGGAGGCGCAGGAAGGAGAGGAGGGCUCGCCUCCUCGCUCGCCCGUCGCCCGCGGCAACGUGUGCGUGUCACUAGAUCACCGGCCUCAGACCAGUUCACACCCCUGCAACGCCAAGCGGGCCUACGUCUGCCAGUACAGCCCCCAAGUGCGUGUUCCAGAUGCAGGGAUUUACACCGUGGGCCUGGCGGUGUUUCCUACCCAUAAUCCUUUGCACAGCGCCCCGUCUGCUGCGCUCGCCACUCCACAUCCUCCCAGCGGCGGCGUCGAGGUGCUGCUGUUCCCAGCGCUAGGCUUUGUGGCGGCGGGGCGUCUUUCCUCCCUGGAGUUCGUCUCGCAGGCGCUCAGUUCACAAAUCCACGUUCGAUUCCAAACCUACAGACCUCACUGUCAUUAUCCAGGCCUGCACCUGCUGCUGCCCAGCUGUGGAGGUCCGGCGUGUUCCCCGCUCGCUGUUUGUGUUCCCAACGACACCAGCAGCAGCAGCGACCCGCCCUCCUGCCCCCGACUCCAGCAGUGGUGUCCGUUCCAGCGCCGCUGCCUGCCGCUCGCUACUUCCUGCACGCCGUCUUCCUGUCUGAACUGCAGCCAGGCCCACCUGCUGCCCCCCGGGGCCCUGAGGCCCAGGUACUCCCUACAGAACGAGGUGGUCUUCACUCUACCAGCAGGACCAGCUGCACACGUACUGGUGCAGGAACACCUGGAGGACCUCCUGGUGUCCCGUGGUGAUGUCAUCGCUCUGCAGCACGAUGCUGGCCCCGCCUCCCUUCUCCGCUGCCAAUCUUCCCCAAACUCACCGUGGCGACAACCCGUCUUAGCCCUCAACCAGUCCGAGUGGUUCUGGCUGAACAACACCGGACAGACAGCAGAACCCCGGACGGAGCAGGACGCCGGCCCGCCGCCGCCGGAGCCGGAGCUGGACGUGCAGGCGCUGGUGGCGGACGGCGAGGGCGGCUGGCUGGAGGACGUGGUCUGUCCUGUCAGAGUCCUCUACGUGGGACACAGUGAGACUCUGCUGCAGGGAGCUCAGCUGGCUGCUGGUCUGGCCCAGCCCGGACUCUACAGCCUGCUGGUGACUUCAGCCGAGCCGUCCUACCCGGCCUCAGCUUCCUGCCCGCUGCGGGUGGUGCCUCCUCUGGGCUUGACCAUCCUCCACCCGCUGCCCCAGAACGGCACCUUCUACCUGCAGCCCAACGACACCAAGCUGCUGCUGCGUGUCCAGUCUCGCUACCUGACCAAGGCGUCUCGGCGCUCCAGCAACCACAGCGUCACCUUCCAGCCCAGCUGUCCGCUGGAGUUUUCCUCCAGCGCGGCGCUCUGCCAGCCCGGGCCCAGCUCCGCCUCCGGGGUGGAGUUUGCAGAGCCGAGCCUCUACGCGGUGCUGGAUCUGAGCCUGGGGGCGGAGGAGCAGGGGAGCCCGGUGCAGGUGGAGCUGGAGGCCCAUAACAACGUGACGGAGGCCAGCCUGGCGGUGGUGAUCCACCUGGAGGAGCCGCUCAGAGACCUGAUGGUGCAGCCGCACCCGGCACACAGGGUGCUGAUGGAGUCAGUGGUGAGCUACACAGCAUCAGUGCUUAAAGGCUCCAACCCCACGUUUAAAUGGACGGUGGAUGACAAGCCGUACUUCACCUACUACAACACGGUGCUCAACGUCAUCUACCAGCACGCCGCCGUCUACAAGCUCACCGUGACGGCCAUGAACCACGUCAGCGCCCUGACGGAGCAUUUCAACGUGACGGUGGACCGGCUGCAGCCGAUGGCCAACCUGACGGUGAAGGGCGUGCCGGACGUCGUCCCUCAGGGCUCCACCCAGACGCUCACCACCUCCCUGCUGGUCGACAUGUCGGUGGCCGCCACCUUCAGAUGGUCUUUUGGUGACGGUGGAUAUGAGGAGAUUGAAUACAAGCCCCCCCACCCCCCCUCCCUCCUCUGCCCGGACCACCCUAACCAGGUGCUGCUGAGCAGCAACGUCACCUAUGUUUACUCCCAGCCAGGAAUAUACACCGCGCUGGUGUCAGUGUCCAACCGCUACGAGAACAUCAGUCAGAGCAUCAACAUGAGUGUCUACAGCAUCCUGACUCGUGUCGACAUACAAACAGAGCCACGACUCCUCCUCACGGGCAAAUCAGCUGAUUUUGAGGCUCACCCUCUGCCCUCGCCGUACGGCAUCCACUACGACUGGCACUUCGGAGACGGAUCUGCCGCGCUGCAGGGACGCCGCGUCAAACACACCUACACGCAGAGCGGCGUGGUUAACGUCUGCGUUUCUGUAAACAACACCAUCAGCUCUAUGGAGGCUUGUGCUGAGAUGUUUGUAUACGAGGAGAUUGAAGAUCUAACAGCAGAAAGCUCGUCUCCCACAGAGCUCCACAGUCCGACUGAAGUGUGGGCGCGGCUUAAAUCGGGGAACAACAUCACCUGGACGUUCUCCAUGGGCGACGGGAUCGUCAACACGAGAUCUGAACCUCGCGUGUCACACCAAUAUAUCAAAGAUGGCAACUACACCGUGAACGUGACGGCAGCCAACGCCGUGAGCUCCGGCUGGACCGUCCUCCCCGUGCAGGUGUUUGUCUUCCAGGUUGUGAGGAUGGAGCCGUCCGGGUGUGUCCAGGAGCAAACCCCCAUCCAUUUUCAGACCUGGGUGUCCGGUAACGCAUCAGCUCAUCUUUACGAGUGGAGCUUCGGGGACGGAAGCCCAAACGAGACUCACCAGGGCGUCCCCGGAGUCUCUCACACCUACAGGACCAGCGGCAGUUACCACCUCGCUCUGCUGCUCUCCAGCGGGGUCAACAAGGCCAGCAAGGCCACCUUCUUCAACUGGGUGUGUGUGCAGCCAGCUUUAACCAACAUCAGCCUCACACUUGAGAAAUCCCACUACGCCGUCGGGGAGGAGAUCCAGCUCCAGGUCAGAUCAGAGCCGGAGUUCAACUACAGCUAUCAGUGGGACUUUGGCCGAGAGGAAGACGUGCUGAUCGGCCGUUCUGGGAACAUCCUGACGACGUAUAAGAACCCAGGUCGCUACAACGUGACCGUCGUUGUCUUCAACAACAUCUCCACCAGCACCACCAGCGUUGUGAUUGAGGUUCUGAUGCCCAUAGGUCCGAUUGUGAUUCAACAUAAUGGAACUAAGUGCAAUAACUUGACUCUCAGAGAGCCGUACGCUUUCUCAACUUCUUCCAUCGCCUCCGACGUCACGUACACCUGGAACUUUGGAGACGGAAACGUGCUGACAGGCCAGAAUAUCCUCCACACCUAUAACAUCUCUGGAAGCUACAAUAUCACACUAACAGCAGCCAACACAGUCAGCAGGAACCAGACGACGUUACCUGCCGCUGUGCUGGCACCAAUCCGCGGGCUGAGCGUCAACGCCAGCCUGGUGAACGUGCCUCUGAACGCCUCGGUCAACUUCGAGGCCCACAAGGACGAGGGAGAUGAUGUUCGGUUCUCCUGGAUCUUGUGUGACCGCUGCACCCCGAUCCCCGGGGCACACACCAUGUUCUACACCUUCCGCUCCGUCGGCACCUUCAACAUCAUCGUGACGGCGGAGAACGACGUCGGAACGACACAAGCGAGUAUCUUCCUGUACGUCCAGCGUGAACUGGAGGGGCUGCAGAUUUUAGCCGAGGAUGAGAGUGGAGGAGGUGGAGGAACAGGAGUGGACGGUUGCUGCUUUGCUACAAACCGUGUUCUCCACCUUCAUGCAGGAUUAAAGGAAGGAACCAACAUGACGUUCACUUGGAACCUCAUCAAAGAGCUGGACCCUCCUCAGCUCAACAUAAGUGGGAAGACGGUGGAGGUGAACUUCUCCACUCCAGGCCCAUGUGACAUCUUCCUCCGGGCAGCCAACCUGCUGGGCCACCAGGCCGUCAACAGAACCAUCUACUUCCUGGAGCGAGCCGGAGGGGUGGAGCUGCAGAUCAGCGACAACCCAGUCGCAGUCAAUGCUUCAACUAACAUGACGGUGCUGAGUGCUGAAGGAUCAAACCUGCAGUACCGCUGGUCUGUGAACCAGGACCUUCUGCCGGGGAACGAGCCCUGGAUGGCUCACACCUUCAACAGUCCCGGCCUGAAGCGAGUCACCGUGGAGGUCUUCAACGAAGUCAGCUCAGAGGUUGAGUCCAAGAUCGUCAAUGUCCAGGAAGUCAUUUCCGGGCUGACAUUCACCGCAAAAACAGAGCAAGACCAGGUAGCAACAGGCUACGUAGCAACAGGCGCUAACGUCUCCCUCAAGGGCGAGGUGGGGACAGGAACUGAUGUGAGGUGGACGUGGCUGUUGAACGGAAGAACAGAAACAGGAAGUGAAACUUCUGUGAUUUUCCAGGAGGCAAAAACUGCCGUAGUUACUCUCAACGCGACCAAUGACGUCAGCGGGGCCGUGGUGUCCAGAGAGUUCUUUGUUCAGGACAAGAUUCAGGGCUUGGAGCUGAAGGCGAGUAAAACCAUCGUAGCAGUCGGCGAGAAUGUGGAGUUCACCAUAACUAUAGCGGGGGGCUCGGACGUCUGCCUCAUCCUCAGCAUCAGCGGAGACGCCACCAUCAGCCAGCCCAACCACACCUACAUCCACACAUUCACCAGGGUGGACACCUACAUGGUGAACCUCACCGCCCACAACAGGGUGAGUUCCAAGAGGCACAACCUGCAGGUGGAGGUGAUGGAGCUGGUGCGGGACCUUUCCAUCCUCGGCAGCUCUGCAGCCAUCCCUGUAGGCGUACGGAGACUGUUUAUAGCCAACAUCCGGACGGGCAAUCCGGUUCAUUUCCUCUGGACUUUUGAUCUGUAUCACCUCCACAAGGCGCCACAUAUGGGCAAAGAGGUGUACUACACGCCAGAGGAACCAGGUUUACUGAUCAUCUACCUGAAGGCCUUCAACGCGCUGCACUCUCAGAACAUCACCAAGCACAUCUGGGUGCAGCACCUGCUGACGGCGGCCCAGCUGUACGCGGCGCCCCAGGACACUUUCAUCAACAAGACGGUGACCCUGAUGGCCUCCGUCACGCCCAGAUCCUCGGUGGAGUGCUUGUGGAGCUUUGGAGACGGCUCUACUCCGGUUCACACCAACACCACCACAGUGGGCCACGAGUACAGCCUCCCAGGACACUACCUGGUCCAGGUGAACUGCAGUAACCUGGUGAGCUGGGUUCUGGCCCAGGUGGAAGUAAACAUCAGUGUAUUGGAGUGUGAGGAGCCAGAAGUGCAGGUGGUUCAAGCCCCCCGUCUGGCCAUUUGGCGCUACCAGCCCACUCUGGUGGAGGCGAGCGUGGACCUGAAGGGCUGCCUCCGCUACGGCGCUCAGUACCUGUGGCAGAUCCUCGCUACGCCCUCCUGUGAUAAUGACAAAGAGCCCCGUGUUCCCUCUGGGGCCACUCAGCCCUCCCAGUCCGUGCUGGUCCCGGUGAUCCGGCUGCCAGCGGAGGUGGACGUGCGGCGGCUGCAGCUGUCGUUGCCAAAGAUGGCGCUCGCGGCGGGGAACUACACCUUGGUGUUCUCUAUGUCGUAUGAAGGCGUGCCGCUGAGGAAGGCUGCCUGUCUGCAUCUCAGCGUCAUGGCAACCAGCCUGAUGCCGAUCAUAGAGGGGGGCACCUACAGGGUCUGGUCCAAGACUCAGGACCUGAAGCUGAGCGCCGUGCAGUCCUACGACCCCAACAUGGACCCAGACAGCCAGUCGCUGCUCCACUACCACUGGGACUGUCUCAGCACCUCUAAGGGAGCAGAGCACUGCUCCACUCUGAACUUCGGCCUCGGCACCAGCGACCCGGUUCUGGGGAUCUCCGGCUCCGAGCUGGAGGCCGGCGUCGAAUACACGUUCAAACUGACCAUCAGCAAAGACGGCAUGGCGCCAGAGUCCACCACGCAGACGGUGCUGGUCCAGAGUGGCCAUAUUCCCAUGGUGUCCCUGGAGUGUGUGUCCUGUAAAGCCCAGUCCAUCUACGAGGUCAGCCUCAACUCAUACGUCUACCUCAGAGGAACCUGCACCAACUGCCAGGGCUUCCACCGUGGGCGCUGGACGGCCAUGACGCUGCAGAACGAGACUCUGGUCCUGGACGCCAACACCACCACCACAGGAAGUGACGGGAUGAACCUGGUGCUGCGGCAGGGCGUGCUGCGCCACAAAGACUCUUACAACUUCACGCUGCACGUGACAGACGGCACGCUGGACGGGGAAGGCGCCGCCUCCAUCACGCUGCACCGCAACAUGCCCCCGGCUGGCGGGGAGUGCCACCUGAGAGUGGGAGGGGAGGCGGGGACGGAUUACGGGGACGGAGACGGAGACGGCUGGAGGAUACGAACACUGCUGGACCGGGUCCACUUCAACUGCUCAGGCUACACGGAUCUCGGGGUCUCAGAGACUCCUCUGCUGUACAGUUUGCUGGUGACACGCUGCAGAGACUACUGCGAGGACUUCUGUGUGUAUAAAGGCAGCAGCCCGGAGCACUCGGCCUUCCUGCCUCCAGGCUUCAGCUCAGCCCACCACCGCGUCGCCGUAUCCAUCACGGUGGAGGACCACCAGGGAGCCGCCAUCACUGCUCUCAACAAGUCCAUCGAAGUCGUGCUGCCAGAUCCGCCCCCUGAGUAUAACAGCCUUCCCCAUUGGCUGUCUGAACUGACAGACAGCAAACUCAAAAAGCUGCUGGAGCAGGGAGACUCCCAGAGGGUCCGAGAGUUAUCGUUGGCUCUCAUUACCGUCCUGAACGAGUACGAGCAGACCAGGGAGACGGUGCGGGUGUCCCGGGAUGAACGCAGCUAUCGGGUCCGGGUCCGCAGCAACAUCACCAGAGCGCUGACGGCUCUGGACCUGAUCACCGUCAGCGACAUCCAGCAGACCUCGGCUGCUCUGGCUCAGUGCACGGCGGUGAGUCGAGAGUUCAUCUGUGAGGAGUGUCAGAACAGCACGCUGAACAAGCUGGAGUCCAUGCUGAAGAUCCUGCAGACUGACACCAAGCAGGGCACCGUCACCCCCACCGAGAUAGCUGACCACAUCCUCAACAUCAUGGGUGAUCUGAUCCACCAGGUCAGCCAGUCCACCUCCCAGUCUUACAUCCAGCCUGCCUACUUGGACUCCCCUUCCCCCCCCUCAGCCUCCUCUUUCUCCUCCUCCAGUGAGGACCAGGGAGGCCCCCUGUUAGACCCCUCUCCCUCCUCCCAGGAGCCCCACCCUCUGCGAGUGGCGGCCAAGGCCUACAGCCUGUCCUCCGUCCUCAUGCGGAUCCUCAUGCACGCCCGAGUGCUGAACGAGGAGCCGCUGGUGCUGAGGGGAGCCGAGAUCGCCGCCACGGGAAAGCUGGCGGACCCCCAGAGUCUGCUCUGCUACCAUGGCAACACCAGUCCAGAGUGCAAACGCUUUUCCAUCCCCCGAGCAUUCAACUACAGUCUUGGCAGAGCUGCUGCAGGAAACAGCAUCAUGCAGCUUCUGUUUCAGGUGGAGUCCAACCCGUUCCCCUUCAACUACGUGGCCAACUACACCGUCUCUACCGAGGUGGCUUCCAUGGAGUUCCGCACUGAAAACGGCACCCAGAUUCCCAUCUCCGGCCUGGACGACAGUCUCGCCAUCACUGUAGCUGUUAACAAUGGAAGCAGCGGAGCAGAAGCAGGUCCCGAGGCCUCUGGUGGCGGUGGCGUCCCCACAGCCGGAGCCGCCAACAUCAGCCAGUGUGACUCCGUCAUCGUCAGGGUCAGCACCGGGAACAGCAACCGGCAGGCCGGGCUGUUUGUUCAGCUCAACUUCACCUCUCUGGACGAUGCCAGAGAGAAGUAUAAAAGAGAGAAACAUGUGGAGGAGCCGUACAUCACAGCCUACCUCCAUUCACAUGAGAGACCCAACGAGUUCAACUACACAGAAAUAAAACGUAUCACGUCCAGUAUGACCAGGGGUCACGACCCGGACCACAGGAAGUACACCUUCUUCCUGUCGCCAGAGUCAUAUGACACGACUCUGGACUACUUUAUCAACGUGAGCACGCCCUGCAGCCCCGGCGCUCAGCCUGCAGGCGUUCAUCUCGAGGUCGGAGUGUUUGCCUCUCUGUGUCAGUACUUCAGUGAGAGUGAGAAGCAAUGGCGGACUGACGGCAUGGUGCCGCUGGCGGCGACCACGGCCAGCAGGGCGGUCUGCAGCACCAAACACCUCACGGCGUUCGCUGCAGGCCUGUUCGUCCCCGUCAACGCCAUCAGCUUCCACGUGCCGGAGCGUUCUGGUGCCCCCAGCCUGGUGGUGCUCUUGGUGUGUGUGUUGGGGUUAUUAAGCUACGUAGUGGCAGCGGCCAUCUUGCACAAGCUGGACCAGCUGGAUCUACGGCGGGCCGGCGUGGUUCCACUCUGCGGCCAGGACGGACUCUUCAAGUAUGAGGUCCAGGUGAAGACUGGCUGGAGCCGAGGGUCAGGCACCACGGCUCAUGUGGGACUCAGUUUGUACGGACGUGACAGUCGCAGCGGUCACCGCCACCUCGACAGCCGAGGAGCUUUCACACGCAACGCUCUGGACAUCUUCCACAUCGCCACGGAUACCAGCCUGGGCAGCGUCUGGAAGAUACGGAUAUGGCAUGACAACAAAGGUCUGUCCCCAGCAUGGCUGCUGCAGUACGUCCUGGUCAAAGACCUGCAGACAGGAAGCAGCUACUACUUCCUGGUGGACGAGUGGCUGUCAGUGGACAACGAGAGGACUGACGGACGGGUGGAGAUCGAGGUGGAAGCCUCAGAGGAGGCUGUGAUUCGCCGGCUGCCCCGCCGGCUCCGCUGCGAGCUGCAGAGGGCGCUGUGUGACAGUCACCUGUGGCUGUCGCUAUGGGAACGGCCGCCCCGAAGUCCCUUCACCCGCCUGCAGAGAGCAACCUGCUGCGCUCUGCUGCUGCAGCUCUUCAUCCUGGCUAACACGCUGUGGUACAGCACCGUGGUGGACCGGAGACACAGCCCGCGGCCAGUGUCAAGGUUUUCUUCAUUAAGUGGCGAGACGGUGGCUGCAGGCGUGGUGACCUGUCUGAUCGUCUACCCGCUCUACCUGCUCGUCUUCACGCUCUUCAGGAUGAGCCGCAGCAAGUGUGUGUCCGUGGAGCAGGUGCCUCCUCAGGUGGACCAGGAGUCGGUGGAGAUCGAUGACUUCCUGGACGACUCCAUGGCUGGAAGCUCUUUCCUCUUUUUUAAUGGCGAGACCAACUCAGAGGAGACCAAUGUGGAUUUGCCCACUCCAUCAACCAAAAGCGGGGAGAGUUGGGGCGGGGCCGAGGAGGAGAUGGAGGACCGUGAUUGGCCCGAGCUGCUGAGUGACGUGUCGGUGGUCGGAGGGGCGGGGCAUGGGGCGGGGCUGCCCCGGCUGAAGAGGGGUCAGGGGAGCAGGCACCUGGGCGUCGACAUGACCUUUAACCCCGAGGACGAAGAGGGGACGGACCAACGCAACAAGUAUUUCACCUCCUCAGACGAGGAUCUGAUCAAACACAUCCUGGCGGACGGACAGAACUUCUUCCCUCCGGCAGACGAGAGUGAGAUGGCCGACCUAUCAAGUAUUUUCGGAGACAAGACUGAAGUGAUUCUCCUCCAAAAGCUGAAUGAGCCUCUUCCUCUGGAACCAGUGAGGAGAGACCCACCAAAAACUGCUUUCACUUCAAAUACAGUGGUGACGGACGUGUGUCGUCCCCGGCGGUUCCCCCCGUGGGUUGGGCGUGGCGCCCUGUGGGCCAGCUGGGCGGGGAUCGCCCUGGCCGGCUGCGUCUCCAUCUGGGCGGGUCACGGCUUCAGCCAGCAGGUCGCCAUGAUGUGGCUCAUCUCCUGCUUCUCCAGCUUCCUGUGUUCCUGCCUGCUGUUGGAGCCCAUUAAGGUGCUCUGUGAGGCCGUUUACUACGCGGUGUGGGUGCUCCGCCUGCGCCCAGAGGACCAGGACGUGCUGGUGGAGUUCCCCCGGGUGGAGCGGGUGGUGCAGCGGGUCCCCAGGGUGAGACCACCUCAGGGCUUCGCUCUGUCCCAGGCCCGGCACCAGGCCCGCAAGGUCCACAUGCUGCACACCAUGCUGAAGAACUUCCUGGUCUACAUGUUCUUCCUGUUGGUGGUUUUACUGCUCAACUACUCCGACUCAGCCAAAGACACACACAGCCUGAGACUACACACACAGCUGCAACGAGCUCUACACACACCUGAGUACCACAACAUCAGCAGCCGCUCUGAUGUUCUGCGGUGGCUGGAUGAGUCACUGUUGCCACGGCUACUGGAUGACUCGGCCCUCUUGAGGGACACGGGGAGCUUGUUACUCGGCACGCUGAGGCUCCGUCAGCUCCGUGACACACCAGAUGGUUCCAGGGCCGGAGACGGUGUUUGGGGACAGGACUGGGUCUCGUCCCCGACCAGAGACGCUGAGAACGACACUGGAGCGACUGAUGCUAACUGGGCGUGGCAUUGGGCUGAGAUGUAUAACGGAGGAGGUGUGGUCCAGCAGCUGAACAGAAGCCUGCAGGAGGCGUCUUCCUCCUUACAGCAGCUGCAGCAGCUGCACUGGCUCGACCACAGGAGCCGUGCUGUGUUUGUGGAGUUUUCUCUCUACAACAUCAACACAAACCUCCUGGCCGUCUUCUCCUUCCGCUUUGAGUUUCCGGUUUCUGAGCGUGCCCAGUCCAGCCUCGACCUCGCUGUCAUCACUCUGUGGCCAAUCACAGGCCUGGACCUGCAGCUGCUUCUCAUGAUGGUCCUCCUGGCCCUGGUCCUGUACUUCCUGGUUCGGGGGAUCCUGGGCUUCCUCAGACUGGGCUACGUGUACCUGCUGUCCACCUGGAGGCUGCUGGGCGUCUGUAAGCUGGCGCUGGCGGCGUCCGUGUGCGGGCUGCACCUGAGCCGCUGCAGCAUGGCCACGCAGCAGUGGGCGUCCUACCUGAAGCACCCCCGCGAUGCCUUCACUGACUUCUCUCCUCUGGCCAGACAGAGUCAGCUCUACACAACCACGUCUGCUCUGCUGCUGUUCAUUCUGGUGCUCAAGGCGUCCCACCAGCUGCGGUUCCUGCGGGAGUGGGCGGUGUUCGGCCGCGCCCUGCGGCGCUCCGUCUGGGAGCUGCUGGGAGUCGGCCUGACGCUGCUGCUGCUGCUGCUGGCCUUCUCUCACACAGGACACCUGCUCUUCCACUCGGUGUUUGACGGCUACGGCAGCGUGAGCUCGUCCUGUCUGUCCCUGUUGGGCGCCGGUGGGCGUGGCCUGCUGUCAUGGCGUCCCAGCUGGACCAUCAGCGGCCCCUCCAGCAGCGUCUCGGCGCUGGUCUACCACGCCAGCUUCGCCGUGCUGCGGCUGGCGUUGCUCUGGCUGGUCACCUCCGUGUUACUGAGGAACUACCGGAGAGCUCGAGCAGAGCUGUACCGGCCAGCCGUGGACCUGCAGGACUACGAGAUGGUGGAGCUGUUCCUCAGACGGCUCAAGAUGUGGAUGGGACUCAGCAGGGCCAAGGAGUUCCGUCAUAAGGUGCGUUUCGAGGGCAUGGAGCUGCCUCCGUCCCGUUCCUCCUCCACCAGCGACUGUAAGUCUCUGUGUCUGCCGCCGCUGGACGGCCCUGACUCCGCCCCCUCCCCGGACAGCGUGGACGCCGGCUCGGAGGCGUCGUGGCGCCCGGCGUCCUCCAGCCCCUGCAGCCUGACGGAGGCCCCGGGGAUCGGCCUGGGCCUGGGCCUGGGUCUGGGUCUGGGUCUGGGCCCGGGGGUGGUGAUGGGGAGCACCAGCUGGAGGGAGCGGGCGGAGACGGAGGCGUCCCUGAGGAGGCUCCUCCCCACGCUGGACGCCCUGCUGCAGCAGCUGGACCGCGUCACCGUGGCAACGGAGGACGUGUACCACAUCGAGUGCAAGCUGGAGCGCAACCAGAGGAAGAGGAGGCGCAGAGCGAGGGAGAGAGGAGGAGGGAGGAGGGAGGCGGGGCCGAGGGGGAGGAGCAGCGAGGAGGAACGGAAGAGCGGGAAAGAAAAACACAAAGGGAGCAAAAAGGGGAGAAAGACGGAUAAAAGUGAACUUCCUAAGGAAUGCGGGAACAGAAAGACUCCCGUAGCCACACCGGUCCCCUUUUUAAAGGCCAGACCAGCUUCAGCUACACACACGCCUGCUCCUCCUCCGUCAUCUAUCAAAGCUUCAGUCACUGCUCCUCCUCCACCUCCUCUCACAGACACCUCCUCCUCAGCAGCAAACUCUCCUCCUUCACACGUCCCCACGACCAAAACCCCCUCUGCUCCUCCAUCUACUCCUGCAGCUACUCCUUCCUUACCCUCCACCCCCGCCCCGACUCCUCCCAGCAGCCGGGACUGGGAGCCUCCCACCGAGAGGGAGGCGCUGGCCUCCUCCAGCCUCUUCAACCACCCGGCUCACACCACCACCAUUCCUACUCGCAAGAGGAAACGCAAACCCCCACCGCUCAAAAACAAGGUGCACCCAAACCUGGACCGGCACGGCCCGGGACACCCCAAAUCAUGAGGACACGGAGGAGUUAGAGGUGGAGCAAAGAUAAAUGUUUGGGCUAAAGGUGAGAGGAGGAGGGGGCAGCAGGUUUUGUCCCCUCGGUGACUCUCUAAACCUGAAAGUCUUGAUAAGAAAGUAGGAGAAUCAGUCUAAAGAGAGAUGAAGAUAAUAAAUCAGACUGAGCAGGUUUAUUAGAAGUGUUGAGUGUUUCAGUAACAAGGUGCAGGUCACCACAUGAUCACUGAGCUGGUUUAGUCAGCGAAGUAGAGGUCAACAUUGAAACCAGGAAGUAAUCCUCCUCCCCGUCCCCCCGGACUAAAACUGACCCCGUGACCCUGGCGGUGGCGUGGCGUCGUCGACAGGAGCACAUGAUCGUGCUCUCCUGAGGAUCUAACCAGCUGAAAGCACACCAUGGAUGCUAUCAGUCUUUUUGUUUUGUGUAUCUCAGAAAAUCGUGUUGAUUUCUCAGUUAUGUUUGUCUGUCUACAUAUUUUUUGUAUUGUAUAUUUCGGUCACCAUGGGUACUUGUGGCCUGUUUGAAGAUAGUCGUGUUAUAAUGAACCCAAAUUUGCAUGCAGGCACACACAGAUAUACGCACAUGCAGGUAUACACAUGCAUAGAAAUAACACUGUAUGCACGGACACGCUAAUUGUAAUGUGCCGUACACUUCAGCCCACUGAGGUACAA